AUGCGUUUGGCAGGGGCGGCCACCGCGGCCCUCAUAGUGCUGGUCCUCAGCACCGUCGUCGGGGCGUGGAGGAUUCCCGGUCUCGGGGCCAGAGAGGCGAAACAAAAGGAACCGUCGCAUCCCGCGAUACAGGCCGAGGGCGCGCUGGCGACGCUCGACAUCAACAUCAACGCCGGCAAAGAUCUCAUCGAGACAUACAGAGACAUCGGAAGCCCGUGCUGGCGCGAGGCGGUCAGCAACAUCGAGGGGUCAUGCAAGGCGCUGUCCGAGGACGAGCAGGCGCGGCUGGCGAUCGCGCUGCUGUCGUGCCACCUCGUGAGCAGCGGCCGCAGGGGCGCGGCGUGUCCGCGGGCGUCCUCCGUCGCGCAGUGCACCUCGGGGCGCUCGUUCGACUUCAACCUCUUCACGCAGUUCAAGCUGAAAAUAGUCGACAUGUGCGCGUACGUCCAGUCGCUCAGCUGGCGGCAGGACACCGCGCACGUCCUCGAGGCCAUGGGCGACGCCUCGCUCGCGGCGGCCCGGAGCCUGACGGCGGUGCGGGGGUCUUUGGACUCCGUGGCCGAGGCGCACGCGGGGCUCAAGGAGACGAUCGUGACGCACGCGGACUCGCUGCGGGCCAUGGUGUCAGGGAUGGAGGCGAGCAUGCGGGCGGCGCGCGAGGAGUCCACGGAGCACGCCGCGACGGCCUCGAAGCUGCUCACGGACCUCUCGGCCGCCGCGGAGCACAUGCGCGACAAGCAGCGCCACCUGACGCAGGCUGUCGACGUCCUCUCGGCAUACAUCGACCGCACCUCCGCCCUGCUCACCGCCGUGCUCGGCAAGCAGCACUCCUGGCAGGACGCCCUCGCCUACACCGCUGCGCUCCUGGCGGCGUGGGCGGCGGGCGCUCUGCCAUGCUUUGCCGGGCUCCGCUUCCCGCUCAUGGCCGUCGUGGCGGCCACGCUGCUCGCGGAGCGGCACCUCGCGCACAGCCUGCACUUCAUGCUCGUCGCGGACCCGGGCGGGUCGCUGUGGCUCCCGCUCCCCUCUGCCGUUGCGGGCGCCAUGCCGCGAGCGGCGGUGACGGCUGGGGUGUGGUCGCCCCUCGGCCUGUCGUUCCGCUGGGCGGUGCGCUUUGCGGGCAUCGCGAUCGGGGCGUGCGCGGCCGCGUGGUCGCUGUGGAGGGCGCUGAAGCGAGGGGGGGAGUCGGGGGAGUAUAGCAGCGUGGACGAGAGGGUUGCGGCGAUGGAGCAGCGGCUGUCGCGGCUGCCGGAGGACGUCCGCGCGGUCGUACGGGAGGAGGUGCGGUCGCUGGUGCACCAGGUGGCGUGGGGGGGCGUCGGGUCGCCUCAGGGCAGGAGCAUGUUGCCAGGCGUGGAGUGGGCGGCGCCGGGGCGGGGCGAGGCGACGGUGCCGACGAGUCCGCGGACACCGGCGUCGCCGCUGCGGGGGGCCGGGGCCGCGGAGGGGUCGCCGCUGUCGGAGCGGAUGACAGUCAAGGAGUUGAAAAAAAUGGCAAGGGAACUGAACAUCGAGCUGGAGGGAAACGAGCGGAAGCAGGAGCUGCUGGAUAUCCUCGGUGAGGCGCUGGGGUCGUAG